AUGACCGUCAAAAUCUUCUUUCGUAAUGCUAAAGAGCUCGUGGCCACCCUUAGGCGCCUGCUCCCACGUUCCUUCGUUACUUGCUCUGUUCCAUCGCUUCAUCGCUGGCUCAUCUCUGCAAUGACUGAUUCCUCGAUCCCCGCAUCUGUCCUCAAAGCUGAUCGUGAUCAGUACCACCAUGUCAUACCUAAGUUCAUCCUGCGUAAAUUCCAAGUGGGAGGUCAAAUGUCGAAAAAAGAGCGAACGAAGGCCUUCAAACGCACCGGCCGAGAGCCAGGCGAAGUGCUUUUCUACGACAUAGCUGCCCGAACAAUUCAAACCCGACCUAUCGCCACUGUCUACGGGGUGAUGAACCUCUACAGGAACGUUCGCUUCCCCUUUAACCUUCAUCAUCUGGAAGAAAAACUCUCUCGACUUGAGAGUAAUGCCGCAGAUGUCAUCCUACAGAUGCACGAAGCCGUUGACAAAGGUAGCUCAUUUCCCAUCACAAGGCAAAAGCUCGGCGACUUGCACCAGUUCCUCUUUCUCAUGCACUACCGCACCGUAGCGCUCUCCUCUUCCUACACCAACUCUGAUCAUCCGGAGAAUACCCUCGUCACUGAGCAGCUAAAACGUUUCGGAGAGAGUCUGGCCUUAAGUACGAACUCCGAGAUAUGGCUUCAUUUUCUGCAUUAUUUCCUUGAUGCACAAAUUGCAUAUGACGGUACUUCCUUCAUAAACGAGCCGGACCUGGCAAAUUAUACGGAGCGGGAUAUAUUGCCAUCCAAUGUGGAUAUAUCACGCACCCCCAUGAAAAUCUAUCAGCGACAUGCAAGCAUGUUCUAUCUGGCCGCCUGUCAGCCUGCCGAUGGGAAAGAGUUCAUCCUAACGGAUAACGGAUUCGGGUUAUGGGAAGGUUUAUCAGAACAAAGUCAUAUCCAUCGCAUCUUUGUUGUCGGGCCUCGCUUAGCCAUCAUCCUACGCAACAAUUCGGUUGAUGCCCAAGCGAUCCCGCGGCUGAACAGUACUCUCGUUGAUAUACCAUUACCACGUCCGACUUGCCAAUACAGCAUCACCGGUUCAGACUUUCCACCCCGGCAAGACGGCGAUAUCACCAGUGCUGAUCAGUAUCGGAUGUCAGAACAGGCCCAGCUGGAUGAAUUUACUUUCCAAAUAACGAAGUUGACGUCUCAGCAGACGUUCGACGUCAACUCCGUUUUCCUCCUCAAUGGGCAUGACGACGGGUCUGUCACAUUUGCAUCCAAGGAAUUCAUGAUGAGGACCCUAGAGUGUUAUACCGAUCCAACAUCUUCUUCGCUUGAAGACCCGCAUAAAAGACGGUAUGAACCCGCCCUGUCUCAGCUACGAUCUGAGCUGCAUCGGUUAUCCUCUCCUUCACCACAAACUGAAGGGAUAGGUAGGGACUUCCAGAUAGGCGAGACAGAUUUUGAAGCAGAGCUCUCACCAACUACACAAGCCACGUCUUCACAUGCAGUUGGUUCGUCGUCCACUGCAGCUGGUCCUCACGCUUCGCUUCGCUUAUCAAAGCGCUCCAAAAAGUUGAAUUCAUCCACUGUCCAGCUCGCAGGGUCGGGCGCUGGGACCAUCGCGCCGCCACCGUCACAUCCUUCUGGGUCAACGCAGGCGUCAGCAUCCGAAGGCAGGCUCGAUCCAUUCACUCGACCCGUUUCUGAAUCGAAGCCUAGUGACCAGCACAUAGAGGCACUAGACGAACUGAUGACAGACAUCAUCACCAGAAAAGUUUCAUUUUCAUCAUCGUACGAACAAGGAUAUAAGCUUUACAUUUUGUUCACGGCGGUCCAGCCCCCCACGGUCCAUCCUUUCGCCAAAGAUUGUGAUCGUAUGCUCUCCAGCAUCAUCUCACGUUUUGAACAACUUUUGAAACCUCCAAAUCGAAGGGUCAGACCGCGGCCAUAUGCUUCGAGUCCUGUUCCACAUCCAAGAGUAGACCAGCAACGCUGGGAUCUUCUGAUUACACUCUUGACUAUGCUUGGUUUAGGAUCUGCCGAGAAUCCCAGGAAUGCGUUGGAAGACAGAUGGGAAGAAAUGGUUAGGGGUGUUCUGGUGGUGGGACUGUCCACUUGGAUUGUGAAGAACAGACCUGAUAUGGCACCCUCGCUCCAUCUCGCGUAGGUAUUUCGUGGUGCGAAGAACGAUGUGCUAUGUGAUGACAAUGCCAGUGUUCAACGCCCGUGACACUGAAGGAAUGUAUUCAGCAUGUCUCUGUAAUUCUACUGUAGGAUUUGGUAUAUGUAAAAGUAUGAAACUGAUAGGUGACAGGUUGUGUAACAUGAAAGAUAGUUACCGAUGCGCGAUAAGGGACCACCGAGGUUGACCCGG